UUUAUUUUGAAUAUUUACGUCACCACGAAUAGGACGUUGACGUUUCGAGAUUCCUUUUUAACAACACAUAGGAGGACUGAAAUUGGUAGUCGCAAUUUUACGAGACGUUGAAGAUGGUUUGUGAAAAAUGUGAGAAGAAACUGGGGCGGGUCAUCACUCCUGAUACCUGGAAAGAUGGUGCUAGAAACACAACAGAAAGUGGGGGUCGAAAACUCAAUGAAAACAAGAUGUUAACAUCAAAAAAGGCCAGGUUUGAUCCUUAUGGCAAGACUGGAUUUGCCAUCUGCAGAAUAUGCAAAAGUUCUGUCCAUCAGUCUGGUUCACACUACUGCCAGGGAUGUGCCUACAAAAAAGGAAUUUGUGCCAUGUGUGGAAAAAAGGUUAUUGACACCAAGAACUACAAACAGACCUCAGUUUGAUUUUGGUUUCUGGGGGUAUACAGGAUUUCAUUGAGAGAGGGGUGUUUGUGGAUGAUUGUGUUUGUUUUUAAUACGGUCCUCCACUGUGUGUGAAGGACAAUAUGAUCAUUUAAGAUCACUAAAAAGUUCAGCAUUUUGUUGUAGUGUUUUGUGGCAAAGGGAUGCAAUGGUUUAUAACUAUAUGUGAAAAAAUACUUCACUUUUGUCCUCUCUCACGUAAUAACUUUAGAGCAAUAUAUUGGCUGGAACUGUUUGAACAAAGUAAAUGCCUUCUAGGUUAAACCGUGGUUAUCUCAUUCAAUUCCAACAAUUCAUUAUUAUUUUCUUAAGGAAGAUCGUUCAUCAGUUCUUUAUAUUACAAAACAUCCUGAAUGUGCUUUGGAAAUUCAGAUCAACCAAUCACGUUCGCAGUUUACAUCAUGUUAAUUAGAUUUUCUUUUCAACAAUAUAAGCCUGGCCAACAGUCAACUGGUUGUUCUUCAUCAACACUGUUACAGAAAAAUGUAUAUCUUGCUGUUUCCUUUAAAAUGGCAUUGUGAAAUUAUAUUGUCCCAUUCCUUUUUUAGAUGUCCCUGAACCCCCUGAUUGUAUGAUAAUAUCUGUAGAUUCUUGUUAAUGCUUUUACAGUAGGCCUAUGUCUAAUUAAUUGCCAAAUAUAGCAAUAUCUAGACACUGUACAUUAUUGCCUUCCUUUCUAUUAAAAAUGUCAGGGACAUCUUUUAGGGGACAGUUUUUAUGUCUGUAAAUAUUUAUUUUCUCGCAAAAUAAAAACAACAUAGAAAACAACA